GUCUGCCACACCCAAGCAUUUUUUCUCGACGGUGAACGCCCAACUUCGGACUGCCGGCGUUUCUUUUCAUUUCGUAAAGUCAUAGACGGAGCGUUUACAUGACCAUUUCGUGGUGCUCUAGUCCGUCUCUGAGUUUGCGACAGAUAUAGCAGGAGGGGUGCAGCCAUGGAGCAGAUAAAUGCACCGAAGGAGGUGAAAAUCCUGGAGAGUGCAGAUGACAUUCAGGAAAGACGAGAGCAAGUUCUUACUUGGUAUGGAGAAUUCAAAGCUGAAGCACGAUCAAAACGUGUGAAACUUGAAGAUUCAAGAAGAUUCCAGUACUUUAAACGAGAUGCAGAUGAAUUGGAACUUUGGAUCAACGAAAAGUUACAGGCUGCUUCUGAUGAAAGCUACAAAGAUCCCACCAACCUGCAGGCUAAAAUUCAGAAACAUCAAGCAUUUGAAGCUGAAGUUGCAGCACACAGCAAUGCUAUUGUUGUGUUAGACAACACGGGAAUGGAAAUGAUUAAUCAGGAGCACUUUGAAUCAGAAAUCAUCGGCAAAAGGCUGAAUGAAUUGCAUCGCUUGUGGGAACUGCUACUUUCAAAGCUAGCAGAGAAAGGAAUGAAACUUCAGCAGGCUCUUGUCCUGGUCCAAUUUAUUCGCCAGUGUGAUGAAGUUAUGUUCUGGAUCAAUGAUAAGGAGACCUUUGUGACUACUGAUGAAUUUGGACAUGAUUUGGAGCAUGUAGAAGUUCUCCAACGUAAAUUUGAUGAGUUCCAAAAAGAUAUGGCAUCACAGGAGUAUAGAGUGACAGAAGUUAAUGACCUUGCUGAAAAACUUGUGACUGACGGACAUCCAGAGAAGGAAACUAUUACUCUCAGGAAAGAAGAACUUAAUGAAGCAUGGGCUAGACUGAAGCAACUUGCCCUUAUGCGACAGGAAAAACUUUUCGGUGCCCAUGAAAUCCAGCGCUUUAACAGAGAUGCUGAUGAAACUGUUGCUUGGAUUGCUGAAAAGGAUGUUGUUUUAUCAUCGGAUGACUAUGGUCGCGAUCUGGCUAGCGUUCAAACCUUGCAACGCAAGCAUGAAGGUGUUGAACGAGAUUUGGCUGCUCUCGAAGACAAAGUCUCAACCUUAGGUCAAGAAGCUGAGCGCCUUUGUGGUAUUCAUGCUGACCACUCAGACCAAAUCAAAGCUAAACGAGCUGAGAUUGUAGAAUUUUGGGAGAGCCUCACUGCAAAAGCCAAGGAAAGACGCUCCAAGCUUGAUGAGUCUUACCACCUUCACCGCUUUAUGGCUGAUUUCCGUGACCUCAUCUCAUGGAUCAAUGGAAUGAAAACCAUAAUCUAUGCUGAUGAACUGGCAAAGGAUGUGGCAGGAGCUGAAGCUUUGCUUGAACGUCACCAGGAGCAUAAGGGUGAAAUUGAUGCACGUGAAGAUAGCUUCAAGGCCACUGCUGAAGCGGGGCAACAGCUCCUAAGCCGGGAACACUAUGCUGCUGAAGAUGUAGAGAACAAGUUGCAUCAAUUAUCUGAUGAGAAGACCUCCCUCCUGCAGCUUUGGGAGGAGAGGCGCAUCCUUUAUGAGCAGUGUAUGGAUCUUCAAUUGUUCUAUCGAGACACUGAGCAAGCCGACACUUGGAUGGCCAAGCAGGAGGCAUUUCUAUCCAACGAUGACCUUGGAGACUCAUUGGACUCAGUAGAGGCUUUGAUCAAGAAACAUGAAGAUUUUGAAAAGUCUCUUGCUGCUCAGGAAGAGAAAAUCAAAGCUCUCGAUGAAUUUGCUACAAAGCUUAUUGAAGGUCAACAUUAUGCUGCCGAUGAUGUUGCUCAGCGUCGGGGAAUGCUGCUAGAACGCCGUGCGGCACUUUUGGACAGAUCUGCCCGACGUGCAGCGACUCUUCGUGAUGCUUACCGUCUGCAGCAGUUUGAGAGAGAUUGUGAUGAAACCAAGGGAUGGAUCAAUGAGAAGCUUAAGUUUGCCACUGAUGACAGCUACCUUGAUCCCACUAACUUGAAUGGUAAAAUGCAGAAACAUCAGAACUUUGAACAAGAGCUGAAUGCCAACAAAUCAAGGAUGGAUGAAAUUACAUCUACUGGCCAAGAGCUCAUCGAAGACAAUCACUAUGCUGCUGAACGCAUUCAGUCACGUAUGGAUGAAAUUGUGGAGCUGUGGGAAACUCUUAAUCGUGCUACUGAGAAAAAGGGUUCAAAGUUGCAGGAAGCUUCACAGCAGCAGCAGUUCAACCGCACAGUUGAGGAUGUAGAACUUUGGCUAUCUGAGAUGGAGGGCCAACUCAUGAGUGAAGAUUAUGGAAGGGACUUGACUUCAGUCCAGAACUUGCAGAAAAAGCAUACCCUCCUUGAGGCUGAUGUUGGAUCCCAUGCUGAUCGCGUGGAAGGAAUUCGCAGUGCUUCACAGCAGUUUGUUGAGCGAGGUCACUUUGAUGCCGACAAUAUCAAGAGCAAGCAGGAGGGUGUUACAGAACGUUAUGCUGCACUUCAAAAGCCAAUGUCUGUGCGGAAACAGCGCCUUUUGGACUCUCUCCAGGUCCAACAGCUUUUCCGUGAUGUUGAGGAUGAGGAGGCUUGGAUCCGUGAGAAGGAACCUGUGGCCGCCUCUACCAAUCGGGGUCGUGACCUUAUUGGGGUGCAGAACCUCAUCAAGAAGCACCAGGCUGUCCUAGGUGAAAUUAACAAUCAUGAAGGAAGAGUUGCUGCUGUCUGUCAGGCCGGUGAGCAAAUGAUUGGUGAUGGUCAUUUUGCCUCUGAGGAAAUUAAAGUGCGGAUUAACAACUUGAAUGAGCACUGGACACAACUCAAGGAAAAAGCUCUUCAGCGCAAACAAGACCUGGAGGACUCCCUUCAAGCACAUCAGUACUUUGCUGACGCCAAUGAGGCAGAAUCCUGGAUGAAAGAGAAAGAACCCAUUGUCAACAAUCAAGACUAUGGGAAGGAUGAAGAUUCAAGUGAAGCACUCCUGAAGAAGCAUGAGGCUUUAGUAUCUGACCUGGAGGCCUUUGGGAAUACUAUCCUUGGACUCCGUGAGCAAGCAGCUGGGUGUCGUCAACAAGAAACACCAGUGAUGGACAUCACUGGUAAAGAAUGUGUGAUGGCUUUGUAUGACUAUGCUGAGAAAUCACCUCGUGAAGUGUCAAUGAAAAAAGGUGAUAUGCUGACUCUGUUAAACUCCAACAACAAGGAUUGGUGGAAGGUUGAAGUUAAUGACCGCCAGGGUUUUGUGCCAGCUGCAUAUGUGAAGAAAAUGGAAGCUGGUCUGACUGCCUCUCAGCAAAAUUUGGCUGAUUCUAGCUCCAUUUCUGCUCGUCAGGGCCAAAUUGAGUCUCAGUACGACAACUUGUUGGCUCUUGCUCGCGAGCGUCAGAAUAAACUGAAUGAAACUGUCAAGGCAUAUGUGCUUGUUCGUGAAGCUGCUGAGCUUGCCACUUGGAUCAAAGACAAGGAAAAUCAUGCUCAAGUUCAAGAUGUUGGUGAAGAUUUGGAGCAGGUUGAGGUGAUGCAGAAGAAGUUUGAUGACUUCCAGGCUGAUUUGAAAGCAAAUGAAGUGCGUCUGGCUGAAAUGAAUGAAAUUGCCAUGCAACUAAUGAGUCUUGGACAGACUGAAGCUGCGCUCAAAAUUCAAACUCAAUUGCAAGAUCUCAAUGAGAAGUGGAGCUCUUUGCAAACACUUACUGCUGAGCGUGCCACACAACUUGGUUCAGCUCAUGAAGUUCAACGCUUCCACCGAGAUGUUGAUGAAACCAAGGAUUGGAUUCAAGAAAAGGAUGAAGCUCUUAACAAUGAUGAUCUUGGCAAAGACUUACGCUCUGUUCAGGCUUUGCAGCGAAAGCAUGAGGGAUUGGAACGUGAUCUCAAUGCUCUGGGUGACAAGAUCAAACAACUCGAUGAGUCUGCAAAUCGUCUCAUGCAAACACAUCCAGACACCGCUGAACAGACUUAUUCUAAGCAAAGAGAAAUCAAUGAAGAAUGGACACAACUGACUGUAAAGGCCAACAGCCGUAAAGAAAAGUUGCUGGACUCCUAUGACUUACAGCGCUUCCUGGCUGAUUAUCGAGACCUUAUGUCUUGGAUUAGCAGUAUGAUGGGACUUGUUUCCAGUGAUGAGCUUGCAAAUGAUGUGACUGGCGCAGAGGCUCUUCUUGAACGUCACCAGAGCCAUCGUGCUGAGAUCGAUGCCCGUUAUGGGGUGGUUCCUCAGGAACACCGCACCGAAAUCGAUGCUCGAGCUGGUACUUUCCAGGCAUUCGAAUUGUUUGGUCAGCAGCUUCUCCAAUCAGGACACUAUGCAAGUGUUGAAAUUCAAGAAAAGAUGGAAAGUAUGACUGAGGCCCGUCAAGAGUUGGAAAAGGCUUGGAUUGCACGCCGUAUGCAGCUUGAUCAGUGCUUGGAGCUUAUGUUGUUCUACCGUGACUGCGAGCAAGCUGAGAACUGGAUGUCCGCCAGGGAGGCAUUCUUGGCUGCAGAGGAAGUUGACUCCAAAGGUGAUAAUGUUGAAGCUCUCAUCAAGAAGCAUGAGGACUUUGACAAAGCUAUCAAUGCCCAUGAAGAGAAGAUUGCAGCCCUUCAAACCCUUGCUGAUCAAUUGAUGGCUGCAGAACAUUAUGCUGCUCCUCAAAUUGAUUCCAAACGCAAGCAAGUACUAGACCGAUGGCGCCAUUUGAAGGAAGCUCUUAUUGAGAAGCGUUCCAAGCUUGGGGAAAGCCAAACACUCCAACAGUUCUCACGCGAUGCUGAUGAGAUGGAGAACUGGAUUGCAGAAAAGUUGCAACUUGCCACUGAAGAAUCUUACAGGGAUCCUGCUAAUAUUCAAAGCAAACAUCAAAAACAUCAAGCAUUUGAAGCUGAGCUUGCUGCUAAUGCUGACCGUAUCCAGAGUGUGUUAGCCAUGGGCCAAAACCUUAUUGAGAAACGCCAAUGUGCUGGUUCUGAAGAAGCUGUUCAGCGUCGUCUUGCUUCCAUUGCUGAUCAAUGGGAGUUCUUGACCCACAAGACAACUGAAAAGUCUUUGAAGCUGAAGGAGGCUAACAAACAGAGGACUUACAUUGCUGCUGUCAAGGAUUUGGACUUCUGGUUGGGUGAAGUUGAAUCCCUACUAACAUCAGAGGAUGCUGGGAAAGAUUUGGCCUCUGUUCAAAAUCUUAUCAAGAAGCAUCAGUUGGUUGAAGCAGACAUCUCAGCCCAUGAUGAUCGUAUCAAAGAUAUGAAUGGUCAAGCUGAUUCUUUGAUUGAAAGUGGUCAGUUUGAUACUGCAAGCAUUCAAGAGAAACGUCAAUCCAUAAACGAACGAUACGAGCGCAUUAAGAACCUGGCUGCUCACCGCCAGGCUCGUCUCAGUGAAGCCAAUACCCUUCAUCAGUUCUUCAGAGAUAUUGCUGAUGAGGAGUCUUGGAUCAAAGAGAAGAAGUUACUCGUUGGUUCUGAUGAUUAUGGCCGUGAUCUAACUGGUGUUCAGAAUCUAAAGAAGAAGCACAAGCGUUUAGAGGCGGAGUUGGCUUCCCAUGAGCCUGCCAUUCAGGCUGUCCAGGAAGCUGGUGAAAAGCUUAUGGAUGUCAGCAACCUUGGUGUUCCUGAAAUUGAACAACGAUUGAAGUUAUUGAAUCAAGCCUGGUCUGAGCUGAAACAGCUUGCUUCGUCCAGAGGACAGAAAUUGGAUGAGUCUCUCACCUACCAGCAGUUCUUGGCUAAAGUUGAAGAAGAGGAAGCCUGGAUUAGUGAAAAGCAGCAGCUGUUGUCUGUUGAUGACUAUGGUGACACUAUGGCUGCUGUGCAAGGGCUUCUUAAAAAACAUGAUGCCUUUGAGACAGACUUUGCUGCUCAUCGUGAUAGAUGCACAGACAUAAGCUCUGCUGGCACAGAACUCAUCAAUGCUGGUAACCACCAUACUGAUUCAAUUGAACAGAGGUGCCAGCAAUUGGAAAAGAAGCUGGAAAAUUUGGCUGCGUUGGCUCAGAAUCGACAUGCCAACCUGAUGGACAACUCAGCUUACCUGCAGUUUAUGUGGAAGGCAGAUGUUGUUGAAUCCUGGAUUGCCGAUAAGGAGACUCAUGUCCGAUCUGAGGAGUUUGGUAGGGACCUAUCUACUGUUCAAACCUUGUUAACUAAACAAGAGACAUUUGAUGCAGGUCUUCAAGCUUUUGAACAUGAAGGUAUUCAGAAUAUUUCUGCUUUGAAAGAGCAGUUAGUUGCUGCCCAACAUGCCCAGACUCAAGCCAUUCAAAAACGACAUGCCGAUGUUAUUGCUCGUUGGCAGAAACUCUUGUCUGAUUCUGCUGCUCGUAAGCAACGUCUACUUCGUAUGCAGGAACAGUUCCGACAGAUUGAAGAGUUGUACCUCACCUUUGCCAAGAAAGCAUCUGCUUUCAAUUCCUGGUUUGAAAAUGCUGAAGAAGAUUUAACUGAUCCUGUUCGCUGUAACUCCAUUGAAGAGAUUCGUGCUUUGAGGGAUGCUCAUGCCCAGUUCCAGGCCUCUCUCACAUCUGCUGAGGCAGACUUUUCUGCUUUGGCUGCACUUGACCGUCAAAUCAAGAGCUUCAAUGUCGGCCCCAAUCCUUACACAUGGUUUACUAUGGAAGCACUGGAGGACACAUGGAGGAACUUACAGAAGAUCAUCAAGGAGCGGGAUGCUGAGCUUGCUAAGGAAGCCAAGAGGCAGGAAGAGAAUGACAAAUUGAGGAAGGACUUUGCCAAACAUGCCAACCAAUUCCAUCAAUGGCUCACUGAAACAAGAUUCCGCCUUCUAGGCUGGGAUGGAACCUCUAUGAUGGAAGGCUCCGGUUCUUUGGAGCAACAACUAGAGGCUACGAAGAAAAAGGCUACCGAAGUGCGAGCACGGCGAUCUGAUCUCAAAAAGAUUGAAGAUCUUGGUGCAAUCCUGGAAGAACAUCUUAUUCUUGACAAUCGUUACACAGAACACAGCACUGUUGGUCUAGCCCAGCAAUGGGAUCAGCUUGACCAGCUGGGAAUGAGAAUGCAGCACAACUUGGAACAACAAAUUCAAGCUCGCAAUCAAUCUGGUGUGAGUGAAGAUGCUCUUAAGGAGUUCUCAAUGAUGUUCAAACACUUCGACAAAGACAAGAGUGGUCGCCUCAACCAGCAAGAAUUCAAAUCAUGUCUUCGAGCUCUUGGUUAUGACUUACCCAUGGUUGAAGAAGGGCAACCUGAUCCAGAGUUUGAACAUAUUUUGGAUGUGGUUGAUCCCAACCGAGAUGGUUAUGUGUCAUUGCAAGAAUACAUGGCAUUCAUGAUCAGUAAAGAGACAGAAAAUGUCCAGAGUUCUGAAGAAAUUGAAAACGCUUUCCGAGCAAUUACUGCUGGAGACAGACCCUAUGUCACCAAAGAAGAGCUUUAUGCUAACCUCACCAAGGAGAUGGCUGAUUACUGUGUAGCACGAAUGAAACCUUAUGUGGAUGCUAAAACCGAGAGGCCCAUUCCUGGUGCAAUGGAUUACAUUGAUUUCACCAGAACAUUGUUCCAGAAUUAGAAUGUUCCUUGCACUGCCCUCCAUUUUUGUCAUAUGCUUUGGCAGCUUAAUCAGUAAUUUUAUUGUAUUAGUUUAAGAAAUAUUUUAUUGAUUCUUUUAACAUUUUUGAGAUAUGAGAUAUAUUUAUGUAGAGUAGAGAGGUGAUGGCGAAAAGAACCUUUCCUGGUGUGGAUUAUGCAACUAUGGCAGUCAUGUGUUGACCACUUGUGUUUUUGUUCUUUAUACUUAAAAAUAUUUCGCUUUUGACAAACCUUCCAGAAAGUAUGCCAUGAUUACCUAUGUGUUUCAAUUUAGGUAGUAAGUUUUAGCGCUUUACCUCCAGUUAGAUGGGAAGAUUCUUUAAUAUCUUUGUAUUUAUGAAGUUCUUCUACACAUUUUUUUAUUAUUCACUACUGGUACUUUUAUAUAGUUGUAAGUUGAACUUCUUUUCAUAAAUGCUGAUGUGAUGAUUCUUCAAAGAAUUAAAAAAAGUUUGAGCUAUUUAAACAAGGAUCUGAGGGAAGAUUAUUUCAUUUUUUCUUUCCAUUUUAAUACGUAUGUUUCAGAAAGGAAGUGAAAUUUCGUACUAGGUUGACAUUUUUUGCUUAAAAUAAACUAAAAUAGGUAAAAAAGAAGAUAAUUUAGAGAUGCUUUCCUAACUGUUAGGUACUUUGCCAACUUGCACCUUAUUUUUCCAUGCAUAGACCAUGCUUCCAUAUGUAAACUUUUGUCCUUCAUUUUGUUUUUUUAAAAAUCUGGACUGGAACAGCGUAAGAAGGAUUGCUUUAAGCAAACAUGUUGUGGGUGGGCCCUAGUGAUUAUUUAUUUUAAUUAAUUCAUGAAUGCAGAUAACUGUAUCAUGCUGCCUAGUGUUGUGGAUGGAAAAGCAAAUAAAUAUUAACCGCACUCAA